AUGUCUUCGUCGCUUCUGCACCCGCCGAGCCACCUGCCUCCCACCACCGCGUUACAGCUCUCCCAGCAGGCGCCCAAGAUCAUCAAGGAAGCCCCGGGAGCAAUUUCCACCUCGGCAUUGCAGUCCUUGUUCGCAGCCUCCGAGACCCCCGAGCUGUGGACCGUCUACGAGAACUUGCUGCUAUCAUGUCUACGGACCGGCGACGACGAAUCCGCACACCAAUGCCUCGGGCGGCUGAUCAACCGCUUUGGCGACGACAACGAGCGCAUUAUGGCCCUGAUAGGUCUCCUCAAAGAGGCAGACGCACCGGACAAUGCCACUCUGGAGGUUGUGCUCAAGGAGUAUGAAACAAUACUGAGCAAGGAUCCUACCAAUACGCCUAUUGCCAAGCGCCGCGUUGCCUUGCUUCGAUCUCUCGGCAGAGUCUCCGAUGCCGUAGUCGCCUUGAUAGCUCUUCUAGACUUCUCUCCUACUGACGGCGAGGCCUGGGCCGAGCUCUCGGAUAUGUACUUCUCCCAGGGACUCUACUCUCAGGCUAUCUUCGCCCUCGAGGAGGUACUCGUCUUGCAACCGAACGCGUGGAAUAUUCAUGCUAGGUUGGGUGAGCUGCUUUUGAUGGCAGCCAAGGGGUCGCCGAGCCCUGACGCGUCGCGGCAACUAAGCGAAGCCCUCAAACGCUUCAGCCGGAGUGUUGAGCUUUGUGACGACUACCUGCGCGGAUACUAUGGACUUAAACUGAUAACAACGCAUCUUCUGAGUAGCCCGCAGAGCAAGAGUAAACAAUCAGAUAAUGACAAUCUGGCCCUACCUGAUACUACUACACUACGCCAGCUUGAUGAGCUUGCGACUGCAAAGCUUGGAGAGAUCACCCGCAGGUUCUCUGCUGGAGAGAAAGGCUGGCAAGGUUACGAUGAGACCGAGAUCACGGCGGCAAAGACACUCAUUGAGAAGGGCUCGAGCGUGACGAUUCGCUGA